AUGGACCUGACAAAAGAACGUUGUGUGAGGAGAUGUCAGCAGGCUGCGCUCACUAAAUGGUCAAACUGGGUGAAACUUCACAAGAAGACACGAGCUGUCGCUGUCGCCAAACUUGAGAGAGUUGUAAAUUAUGGCCGUCUGAAGCGCAUCAUCGCUUCAUGGCAUAACGUUGUGAAGGACUCAAAGAGGACAAGAGAGGACCUUGAGAUCUGGCAGAGUGAAGAAAUGGGCCGUUAUGAAAACCCCAACAGAGUCCAGGAGACAGGGAAAGGAUGUGAGGAGCUGUUGAUUCUCCCUAGCUUCCUCUUACUGAAGAUCCUUCAAUAUCUAGAAUUCCGAGAUUGGCUCGCUUGUGCUGAGGUGUGUUGCACGCUGAAAUCUCUUGUUCAGUCCGGCGCAUUGUGGAGUCAGAUCAACUUCUCUGUGGAGAAACACUGGAUAACAGACGGCAUAGUGCAGCAGGUUCUGCAGAAAUAUCGCCCGUUUGUGAUCCAUCUCAACCUGCGCGGCUGCACGUCUCUGAGGUGGAACAGCCUGACUUGUAUCAGUGCAUGCAGAAACCUCCAGGAGCUCAAUAUGUCAGAGUGUGUCAAUGUCACAGACAAGAUUGUUCAGAGAAUCGUCGAGACCUGUCCCUGCCUGCUCUACUUGAACCUUUCCUGCACACAUAUCACCAACAAAUCUCUGAGAGAACUGUCCAGGAACUGUGUCAAUCUUCAAUACCUGAGUCUGGCCUACUGCUACAGAUUCACAGAUAAUGGUUUUACGUACCUGAGCACAGGGAAGGGCUGCCGCAAUCUCAUCCACCUUGACCUCUCCGGCUGCACUCAGAUGACGGUAAACGGGUUCAGUUACAUCUCAGCCGGAUGUCCUUCGCUCAGAGAGAUCGUGAUCAAUGACAUGAUCACACUGUCGGAUAGCUGUGUUUUGGCCUUGAUUGCCAGAUGUCGCUGUCUGUCUGCCAUUUCUCUGCUGGAUGCUCCUCAUCUUUCCGACAUCGCCUUCAAAGCCAUCGCAGAGGUGGCCAAACUGAAAACUUUUAGCACAGAGGGUAACAACCAAAUGACAGACGUCAGCCUGGAGGCCGUGUGCAGCAGCUCGCCGGGCCUCUGCAGACUCCACGCUGCAGACUGUUCCAGAUUGACAGACGCCAGCCUCACAUCCGCGGCCACCCUGAAGAAUCUGCAGCACCUGGACAUAUCAGUUUGUUACAAGGUGAGUGAUUAUGGAAUCAUGUGCUUGACUGAAGGCUCGUCAUCCAACCAACUGAGAGAGCUGAACGUCAGUCACUGCAGCAGCAUCACUGAUGUAUCUGUCAGGAGGAUUGCACAGAGGUUGUGUAAGCUGUACACUCUUAACCUGAGUUAUUGUGAGCGACUGACUGACAGGAGUCUGGAGUGGUUGAGUGGCAGCUCUAUCUGCUCUCUUCACGUCAGUGGUUGCAACAUCCAGGAUCAGGGGCUCGCAGCUCUCCAAGAAAUCCACUUGAAGAAGUUAGAGCUUGCUGAGUGUGUCUGCAUCACAGACAUCGGCAUAGAGAGGGUGUGUAAGAUGGCGAGAGAUCUGGAGCAGGUCGAUGUGUCUCACUGUGUAGCUCUGUCAGACUCGGCCAUCAGAGCCGUUUCAUUUUACUGCAGAGGUCUCGUUACACUCAGGAUGUCAGGCUGUCCAAAGAUGACCGACAUGGCGGUUCAGUAUCUGACGAGUGGAUCUCAGUACCUUCAAGAGCUCGAUGUGAGCGGCUGUGUUCUCCUCACAGACCGCUCCCUCCGACACUUAGAGAGGAUCUGUCCUCCACUCCGCUCCGUCACCAUGGUCUCCUGCAGCAGCAUCUCCAAGGCAGCUGCUUUGAAGCUUCAGCCUCGUGUGGCGUACUGGGAGCACAGCAGUGAUGACUCUACGUAUUGAUUUUAGAACCACAUGGGCCAAAAUGGUGCAUCCAAUCACAAAAACCAUCAAGAUACCUGGGGACAGUUA